GUUAUUAGUGAUGAUAUGGGUAGGAAAGCCAAACUGAAAAUCCCACCUCAAGAUAAAAGAAAGAAAACAACAACACCCGUGGACAUAAAAAAAAUACUAGAAGAUGAUCCAACUAUUUUCGCAUAUGAUAGUAUUUAUGAUGAUAUAAAAAGGAAAAAAGAAGAAAUCGUUAAGGAUAGAAAACCUAGAUACAUAACCGCUCUAAUGAAAGCAGCCGAAUUAAGGAAGAAAGAGAAGCAAAGAAGAAUAGAAAAAAAAAUUUACAAAGGAAGGAAAGGAAAUGAAUGUGAAGUCAUUAAAGAUACUGAAGUAUUCUGAUCUUAAACCAUAUGUAGUUUUUGUUGCGCCACCUUCUCUUGAAAAAUUACGUCAGAAUCGCAUAAAAUCUGGUGCAACUGUAAAAGAUGAAGAAUUAAAAGAUAUCAUUGAGAAAGCAAGAGAGAUGGAGGAAAACUAUGGUCAUUUCUUCAAUAUGAUAAUUAUUAAUUCUGAUACGGACAAAACAUACAACGAACUGUUGCAUGAAAUCAAUAUUUUAGACACAGAACCACAAUGGGUGCCUGGAAUCUGGCUUAAAGAUACAAACUGAAGCUCAU